GCCCGCUCAGCAUCGCGGCACCCUGCCCUGUCCUGCCGCGGCCCCGUCACGGCAUCCCCCGUGCCCAUCCCGGUCCCUCCUGCUCCUCGCUCCCCCGGCGCUGCCGGCGCAUGGCGGCGGGGGCGGGCGGCGCGGCCCUGGGGCGGGCGGCGCUGGCGGCGCCGCUGGUGCUGCUCUACUACUGCUUCUCCAUCGGCAUCACCUUCUACAACAAGUGGCUGAUGAAGAGCUUCCCGUUCCCGCUGCUGGUCACGCUGCUGCACCUGCUGCUCAUCUUCGCUCUGGCGGCGCUCGCCCGCGCCCUGGAGCGCUGCCGCUCCGGGCGGCCGCGGGCAGCGCUGUCCUGGGCCGACUGCCUCCGCCGGGCCGCCCCCGCAGCUCUGUCAACUUCCUUGGAUAUUGGGCUGAGUAACUGGAGCUUCCUGUAUGUCACUGUCUCCCUCUACACAAUGACCAAAUCCUCUGCCAUUCUCUUCAUCCUGCUUUUUUCACUGCUCUUCAAGCUGGAGGAAAUGAGGGUGACGUUGCUGCUGGUGGUUCUGCUCAUUGCUGGGGGACUCUUCAUGUUCACCUACAAGUCCACACAGUUCAAUGCACAGGGGUUUGUGCUGGUGCUCUGUGCCUCUUUCCUGGGCGGCAUUCGCUGGACCCUCACACAGAUACUGAUGCAGAAGGCUGAACUGGGGCUCCAGAAUCCCAUUGAUAUCAUGUUUCACCUGCAGCCACUCAUGUUCCUGGGGCUCCUCCCACUCUUUGCGGUGUUUGAGGGCCUUCCUUUGUCCAUAUCAGAGAAGCUCUUCCGUUUCCAUGAAGCAGGAAUGCUGUUCUCUCUGGUAGGGAAGCUGUUCUUGGGUGGAAUUCUUGCCUUUGGUCUAGGCUUUUCUGAGUUCCUCUUGGUUUCCAGAACAUCUAGCCUCACCCUUUCCAUUGCUGGCAUUUUUAAGGAAAUCUGCAUUUUAUUCCUGGCCACACAUUUACUGGGAGACCGCCUCAGUCUCUUGAACUGGCUGGGCUUUGCUGUCUGCCUGUUAGGAAUCUCCCUCCACGUUGUUCUCAAAGCCAUGAAUUCCAAAGGUGACAAAGCACUGGAGCCACACGAAGAGGCCAGCUCUGACCCUGACCUGCAGCUGCUGCUGCGCCACCCCCAACAGGCUGAGGAAGAGGAGGAGGUUGUUGAAACCCCACAACAGCACUGACUGAACAUGAAGCACAAAGCCUGCUCUGUUCUUAGCUAACCUGCCUGACAGCUAUCCAGGAGGAAGGUCCAAAAGUCUCUGUGACCACCCAAAGCAGAGCCAGGGCCCAGUGAGAGAAUUCUGCUGUUUUGCUGCAGUGUGGAUCUGUAGAUGCUGCACAAGAAAAGGCAACAUCCUUUUCACAGGAACUUGGAAAACAAGCCCUGGCUCAGUGGGUGUAGAAUGGCAAGGUGAGACAGGGAAAAGCUGUACAAAGUCCAUUAGGGGAUCCUGAAGGCUGACCAUGAGCUGUAGAAUGAACAUGGACAUGUUUGGACUGCAGGCUGAGUGGUUCAGGGAUGAUUUUACUCCUGCUUAGGUUUUGAAUUCAAAGGAGAAGGUAGAUACACCUUCCCCUAUUUUUAUGUUUCUGCAAAUUAGGAGCUCCCAUCCUGGUGGGAUUACAUGACUGAAUAAAUCCCUAGAGUUGUCCCAGUGAGGGCUUUUUGUGCCUGGGGACCUCCAUGUUCUGUGUGCAUUGUAAGGAGAGAAUUAAAUGCUGGUAUUUGGGACCAGUGGAAAAGGAUGAACGUUUCCAGAUGAUGUUGGUUGGAGUGAAGACAUGGAUGCAAGAUUACUUCUGGUGCUACAGGCCAAGAGGAGAAUGAGCAGUGUCACAGGAGAUCUAACUUGAGCAAUAAGCUUAUCAGAAAGUAUGUGGGGUUUUGAGGGGAGGAAUUUUUGGUUUUUAAAUAAACUCUUUUUCUGAUUUA